UAGUGGUGGUUCUUCCUAUGAAUUGGCCGAUAAUAUAUUAAAUAAUGAAAAUAUGCAUAAUGAACUAUCAAGAGAAGUAUUGUCUCAAUAUUCUGAACCUGAACAUGAAUCUCCUGUCUAA